AACGCGUACCGGUUAUAGCGUCAGUUAAACGCGGGACGUCGGUGUGAUAGCUGUUGUUAUUGUGCCGUCUGCAACCUAACCUGUUGAGCAUCUUUUUGCGCGUCCUUCGGAGUUUUGACGGAUUUUUCUUGAAACACAAGUUACUUAAAGAAAAAAAGCUACAAAGAUGAGCUGCGGAAUGGGAAUGAUUAAAUACCUACUCUUCAUAUUUAAUUUCAUCUUCGCGGUAUGCGGGCUGGGUAUUUUGACACUUGGCGUUAUUGUACAUCUGCGAGUGACGGAAGUAACUGACCACAUUGAAACCAAUCUUACGUUCCCAUCCAUAACGUUAAUCGUUAUCGGCAGUAUAAUCUUCAUAAUAUCAUUUUUCGGAUGUUGCGGCGCCAUUCGAGAAAGUCACUGCAUGAUAAUUACCUUCGCAUCGUUCCUUCUGUUCAUCUUGCUUGUGCAAAUAGCAGUUGGUGUUUAUGCGUUUGUGGUUGUUAAAAACAACGACAAACAGAUUGAUAUUACAAGGGACUAUCAGAAACUAUUCGAUUCUUACAACGACAACAAAGAAGUUAUUGAUUUUGUCCAGAGUAGUCUUCAAUGCUGUGGUGUCACUUCUCCAAAUGAUUACAACGGCAUUCGUCCUAUUCCGCCAAGUUGUUGUGGCAAGAAAGAAGAUGAAACUUGCGCUACACAGGAUAUAUAUCAAGCAGGCUGUGCGAUAGAAGUAAAAAAUGCGAUUUCAACUGCUGGAACUGUACUUGGUAGUGUAGCUAUUGCUAUUGCUGGUGUUGAGUUGAUCGGCAUCAUAUUCGCACUUUGCUUGGCGAAUUCUAUAAAGAAUGCUGAACGCAGGGGUUACAGAGUAUGAAAUCCAAAAGACAUUGAAAGAAGCGUAUAUUAAAAGUAAAAAGUAAUAUAAUUGAUAACACUACCAUUAAUAAUUUAAUCUUAAGAAGUGAUAGAAGAUGCAGUUAUUGUAUUGAUAUAAAUUUAGACAAUUUUGUAAAUGAUAGAUGAAUGGACAAACAGAAGAAAAAGUGCCUUUCCUUUAAGUUGGAACAUGAUUUUUGUUUAAAUUUUUAUUUUGGUAUGUAAUAUGAAAUGUAUAAUCAUGUUAUUUAAUAUAUUUUUAAUUUUGGUACAUUUUCACUAAA